AUGGACGAAGUGACAGGCGCUCAGCUCAUUGCUGAGUCUCUGAAGACUCAGAAAGUGGAGUUCAUGUUUGGGAUAGUUGGUGUUCCUGUGAUAGAAGUGGCCAUGGCUGCUCAGGCUGCUGGGGUCAAAUAUGUGGGAAUGAGGAACGAGCAGGCGGCGUGCUAUGCUGCAUCUGCGGUUGGAUACAUAACAGGGAGACCAGGAGCCUGCCUGGUGGUGUCUGGACCUGGACUCAUCCAUGCUCUGGGGGGGAUGGCCAACGCUAACAUUAACUGCUGGCCGGUGAUUGUGAUUGGAGGCUCCUCUGAUCGAAGCCAGGAGACAACAGGAGCCUUUCAGGAGUUCCCUCAGGUGGAGUCAUGCCACCUAUACAGCAAGUUCUCUGCCAGGCCCAGUAGUCUGGAAGCCAUUCCUUCAGUCAUAGAAAAGGCAGUCCGCACCAGCAUAUAUGGUCGCCCAGGAGCUGUUUACGUCGACAUUGCUGGGGACAUGGUCAAUGCUAAAAUAGAACGCAACAAAGUCAGAGAGGUGCCCUGCUGUCCACCUCCUCCUGUGAGCUCGGCUGCAGGCGAUGCAAUUGAAAAGGCCGUCUCUGUCCUGAAAGCAGCAAAAACACCGUUAGUCAUCAUUGGAAAGGGAGCUGCGUACAGCAGAGCCGAAGAUGUGCUGCGGCAGUUUGUGGAGGAGACUGGGCUGCCGUUCCUCCCCACACCAAUGGGGAAAGGAGUCCUGCCUGACGAUCAUCCCAACUGUGCUGCUGCCGCCCGCUCCAGAGCGCUUCUUCAUGCCGAUGUGGUGCUUCUGCUGGGAGCCAGGCUGAACUGGAUGCUGCAUUUUGGUCUGCCUCCCAGAUUUAACCCUCAUGUUAAGGUCAUUCAGGUUGACCUUUGCGCAGAGGAGAUGGGAAACAACGUGACUCCAAGGGUGGCUCUCUUGGGGGACAUUGGUGCUGUUGUGGCUCAGCUUUUGACUUGCAUCCGCAAUGAUGGCUGGAGAUAUCUGUCCAAUUCGGAGUGGUGGGGCACGCUCAAAGAGAAGAUUGCUGCUAACGCGAAAAUAUCAAAGGCUCUCGCCCUCAAAGGAACAUUGCCCAUGAACUACUACACCGUGUUUCAUCACAUUUCCCAGUUGCUUCCACAUGAUUGCAUCAUUGUUAGCGAAGGUGCCAACACCAUGGACAUCGGACGCACCAUGCUUAAUAAUUACCUACCCCGACACAGGUUGGACGCCGGCACCUUUGGAACGAUGGGAGUUGGCCUUGGCUUUGCUAUAGCAGCAGCUGCAGUGGAGGGGACCAAGAUCAAACCCCAAAGAGUCGUCUGCGUGGAAGGAGACAGCGCCUUCGGCUUCUCCGGCAUGGAGGUUGAGACCAUGUGCAGGUAUAAUCUGCCUGUGAUCGUUAUUGUGGUAAAUAAUAACGGUAUUUACAGUGGAUUAGACCCUGAGACUUGGAAAGAAAUGUCAAAAAUGGGCAACCUGACUUCUGUGGCCCCUCCUGUCGCCCUCCUGCCUGAGGCCCGCUAUGACGAAGUGAUGACAGCGUUUGGAGGUCGAGGGUUUCUUGUCAGGACCCCAGAGGAGCUGCGAGACGCCUUGCAGCUCAGCCUGGACGACUGGGAGAGGCCGUGUCUGCUCAACGUCCUAAUUGACCCGUCAUCUGAUAGAAAGCAGCAGGAGUUUCCUUGGCUCACACGCUCCAACCUUUAAGCUGAAAAACUUCAUCCAGGACAUCAUCGGUGGAGCAGAGAUUGUUUCCAUCCUCUAAACAUGAAGCUGCUCUAAUUUUGUGGAUUGUUUCUAUGAAAUAAUUAAUGUUUUAUGAUUCUUAUCGUGCUGUAGAAGCUAACAUUUCACACUUCAUUUAGUGAAGCUUUUUUCUCCUAAAAUUAAAUCAGUAUUUUCUUCUGAAAAUUGCUGAAAUGAUAAAGAUAUGAAUUGACACUGUGUGGUAAAAUAAACUCAAGAUUCUGACAAAGAUUUGUGAGGUUGCUGUUUGUCCAGACAGCCAAAAUAAAAUCAAAUUAAAAAACAAAGUCUUAAGUAUUGAUUUCUCUCAUGUUUGUCCAAUUCUUGAGUUCAACUUUAAUAUGAACAUGAUACAUUAUGGUGAAGGCCAUU